UUCCGCUUCCCCACUUCCGUACACAAACAGUCGGCUGAUGACGUGUACCGUUAGCUGGCUAGCUUAGCUUAGCUUCUCUCACCUGUCAGGAUAAAAAAGACGUGAUUUAAAAAAAAAACACACAAACCGAGAGCGACAGAGGCGAAGCAAGAAAAACACACGGGGGAGGAAGAUGGAGACGCUUUACCACCAGACGAACAAACAAAUCCACGAGGUGCAGUCUCUCAUGGGUAAUCUGGAGAAGACGGAUCGUCAGUCAGUGCACUUGUUAGAGAAUGAGCUGCAGGCUAGAACCGACCAGAUCUUCAACCAUUUAGAACGACUCGAGAUCCUGGCCAGCAAGGAACCACCAAACCGCCGCCAGAACGCCAAAUUGCGAGUGGACCAGCUCAAGUAUGACGUUCAACACCUUCGGACCGCGUUGCAACAUUUCCAGCACCGCCGCUAUACCAGAGAGGCCCAGGAGAGAGAGAGGGAGGAACUCCUGAGCCGUACAUUCACGACCAACGAUGCAGAUACCUCCAUCCCCAUAGACGAGACCCUACAGUUAAACUCCAACUUGCACAACGCAAACAGAAACCUGGAUGAGAUCAUCGACAGUGGCAGCAACACCCUCAACGGUCUAAGAGAUCAAAGAUCUGUGCUGAAGGUGACCCAUAAGAAGAUGCUGGACGUGGCCAACAUGUUAGGGCUGUCGAACACAGUGAUGAGACUGAUAGAAAGACGAGCCACCCAAGACAAGUUCAUCAUGAUCGGAGGCAUGCUGUUGACCUGUGUCUUCAUGUUCCUGGUAAUCAGAUACCUGGGCUGACCACCAUCCGUCCACAGUGGCAGGUUUUGAUCAGUCGUGGACGUUUCUGCAGCGCAUCAUCCCUCAUGAUAUGAAAAGUGGCAGAACUGAAUUUUUAACAUCAGAUCGAAGUCAUUUUUUUAAUAAAUUGUGCCAUGAUUCAUUGGUGAAAUCAUUUUGGGCAACUGCAAAAGACGAGGUUGAAGAAGACCUUUAUUACAUACAGUAUUCCACUUGAAGCUCCAAGAGCGCUGAACUUUGAUAGGUUUACUGCUCCCUUCAGAUUACUGCCACACAUCCAUCAUCUUUUUUUUUUUUUUUUAGAAAUUAAAACCACUCUGAAACUAUAAAUCACAUGUGACUGUACCCAAAUGGCUUUUUAAAAAAUGCUUAUGUUCAUACUCAACUUGCUUUUCCCUCCAGUGUUAAAAUGUUUUGCUCUUUAAUCUGUCAGUAAUGUUGUCAGCGUCAACUCUGCCUUGUUAAACAUGGUUCAUAGAGAAAUACUACUGUGGAUAUACUCAUAAUGCUGUCGUUAAGAAUACCCCCUGGAGAAUAUCGGUUUAUGUGUAGCAGAUGUAAUACGCGAGGAAAACAAUGGACACCACAAUUACUUUGUAAAUUGUUAUACACUUCCUCCUGGAUUUAUGCUUGGAUCUAGUCUCACUAUGUGAGUGACUUCCUUCUCUUAAAAGAAUAAAACAAGUUUCAUUUCCUUGCUAUAUCUUCAUCAAA